GUUUGCGAGCCAGCACUAAUUUCGUUGGUCAGUGGAGUAGACAAGAUUGCCCCGCAGCUAGCGCACUUACCAAAAUUGCAUCACGCAGCCGGGUAUGUUUAAUGGACACAGGGAGCCUUGUAAGCGUCGUCUAUGGCCGAAUCCGUUGUUAAGCAAGUGCUCUCUGCAGUGACGGAGGGGCAUCAUCAUCAUCCAGCAGCACAGCAACAAGCAAAACAACAACCGAAAGACCAACAUCAGCGGAAGGAAGGCAGCGCCACCAACAGCGGUACCGGUAGUCACACACAUAGCAGCAGUGAAACCCGUCGCUCUAGAGCAGGAAAGUCGUCCAAGGGCGAAGUAACCAGAGCUAGCAUACCGGUAACCUCCGCCAGGCCCAGGCAAGAGCGUUUUGAUUCGGCCGAUAAAACAAACCAACCGCGUAGUAGCGUUAAACGAAAGCACAGCUUACCACCAUCGUUGCCACAAUACGGCAACUCGUCGGAAGAGCAGCAUCAACCCGCCGGCAAACGGCUGUCAUUGAAUUGUAAGGCCUCGGCCGAUCAGCAGACAGUGGUUGCUGCUGUUCCGGUGGCAUACCGUACUCGGUCUCGCACUACUUCCAAAGAGCUUGUGUUUACCGCGACCACCUCUGGUAAUACUGGUGCAGUCGGGUCAAGUAGCACCGUUGAGUACAGCGUUGAUCUCAAACAGCAUCAGCUAGUUCAGCACCACCAAGUAUCUGCAACACCGUCGAAGAUUGUAGACGUUCGCAACAAUCGCAACAAAUCAUCUACCAAAGUAGCGGCAGCAACAGCAGCGGGUGUAUUAUCUUCGAAAGUGGGAGGAGGUACCGGGAUCGGUCCUCAUGAAAGUACAAAGGCAGCAAGCAAUAACACAGCAUCAUCCGAGCGUAAUCCAUCCUUUUCUGAUCGCAGCAGCUCAUCCGCAUCGUCAAUACUUCCCUCCUCUUCGCCGACAGUCGAAAGUAACGCAGCAGUAUCAGCAGCGGAAGCUCAUCAGUCCAAGGCGAAGCGAGGGUACACCGUUGGUUCAAGCAGUCGAGUAAACGGGGAAGAGACCACAUCGCUUGCCUCGUCGUCCCGUGCAAUAAGUAAGAACAAACGUCGAAAAUCCGGCACCGGAAGUUCGCCUUCUUCAACGAAGCUUUUGCGUAAAUUGGUCGAUCGAAAAGGCUUGCUCGCAGAGGAGACUAAAGCCGCAUCCAAGGCAACUAUCAAAUCGGGCCAACGACGAUCAAAAGGCGAUCGUAAGUGGCACCAGGAGGCGACUACUGUUGCUACACGUCCUUCUACGUCUAACGCUCCUUCGGUGGAGCAACAAUCGGCGGUCGAAGUACUAACAAUUCGGAACCUCCGCUCACACCAACAUCAGCAGCAGCAGCAGCAGCACAUAACGCUCACUGCUACCGUAAACGAGCUAGGAAUCGUCACCGGCGCGCAGGUAUCGUCAAACGCAGCAUCGACUGCCUCCACACCGACAUCCUUUUCGGCUUCUUCUACUUGUUCGUCGAGUGGUGCGCAAGUGCCCAAAAAGCGCCAGAAAGUGGGGGGGGAUCACAAUAAUCAACACAAUUACCACCACCAUCACCAGCAGCAGCAGCAGCAGCAGCAACAACAAUAUCAGCAGCAGCAUCCGAAUCUGGGUGCUAGACUAGCGGCCCGUAGUAGUGGAGGUAGUAGAGAGCAGCAGCAGCCGCAUCAUCAUUUAACCAACACAGUCAGUCUACAGCACUACCAUCACCAGCAGCCGCCGCCACAGCAGCAUUUGGUAGUACAUCAUCAUCCGAGUCAGUUGGCGCCACAACACUACACGCUACAUUCCCAGCAGAUUCACCAAUAUUCCGCUCAGCAGCACCAGCAGCAGCACUUUCAACACUACCAACCGGCCCAUCCUCAGCAGUUGCUUCACCAGCAGCAGUUUGGUGUGGGCGAGUCUGGUGGCUUGCAUUUGCCAUCCCAAAACCACCACCAAUACGACGCAGGUGGUACUUCCGCACAACAACAGCAACAGGGGCAAGGGCGAAGCAGCAGCAGCAGCAGUGGAGGUGUUGCCGGUUUACUAAGACGCAGUUCUCGGGGCAAGAGUUCCCACUCAUCCGCAACCACGGGGUCUUGCGUUAGCUCAAAUCCAACCAACAAUCCCUACCACCACCAGCCACAGUCAGCGCAGUCCGGCGCGUCAUCAUCAUCAACAUCGCGGUCCGGUAGCCAUCAUCAUCAUCAUCACCGAGGUGGUGGUGGUGGCAACGGUGGCGGCGGCGCCGGUGGCAUAGCGACCGGUUCUACUGCCGUACACUUCAGCAACAACGCGGCCACGGUGAUUGCGGGCUCAUCGAAAGGAGCGGGCAGCAGCAGCAGCACAUCGAAAGGAGGAGCGAUCCUGUUAGCGACCAGCUUCGACGGUACGGCCGCGGUGGGUGGUGGUAGCGGUGUUGGUGGCCCCUCUACCUCGAAUGCGAUGGCCAACGAUGGUUCUCGUAAUAAUAACAACAAUAACAACAACAACAGUGGCAACAGUGAUGGAGCAAGUUCGCAUCAGCCGUCGCAUCCAUUUAUAAAGUUAACAAAGGCCGCCCUGGGUGGGACAUCAUCGGCCUCCUCCUCUUCGGGAGGAGUGCCACCACAGCAACAGCAUCAGUCCACCCCCUCCUCGAGUAUGGCGGAUGUCAAUAUGAUGCAUUCGGCAGCUGGUACAACCACCACCACCGCAUCCACAUCCGGAUCCGGAUCGGGUGGUGCGGCCGGCAGUUCCGGUGUACCGCCGCCUCAUCCAGAUUCGGAAAGCGACGACAGUGAGGUGGGACGUCUGCAAGCACUGCUGGAAGCACGUGGACUUCCGCCCCAUCUGUUCGGUGCGCUUGGACCUAGGAUGCAUCAUCUGCUGCACCGUACCAUGGGAACAAACAGCAGCUCGUCCAAAGCGCAACAGCUGCUGCAAGGUUUGCAGUGUCCGGAUGAAAGUCAGCAGCUGCAGGCCGCCAUCGAGAUGUGUCAAAUGUUGGUAAUGGGCAAUGAGGAUACGUUGGCUGGAUUCCCGAUCAAACAGGUUGUGCCGGCACUGAUUACACUCCUACGCAUGGAGCACAACUUUGACAUCAUGAACAAUGCGUGUCGUGCGCUCGCGUAUAUGCUGGAAGCAUUGCCUCGUUCCUCCGGAACGGUGGUCGACGCAAUCCCGGCGUUCCUGGAAAAACUGCAAGUGAUCCAGUGUAUGGAUGUAGCGGAGCAAAGUUUGACAGCACUGGAGAUCCUGUCCCGUCGGCACAAUAAGAGUAUCCUGCAGGCGAACGGUGUAUCUUCUUGUCUCACCUUUCUGGACUUUUUCUCCAUCAACGCGCAACGGGCAGCAUUGGCCAUUACGGCAAACUGCUGCUUAAGCCUGCACACGGAAGAGUUUCACUUUGUGAAAGAUUCUCUAGCACUGCUUGCCCGUCUACUCGCCCAGCAGGACAAGAAGAGCGUGGAAAGCAUUUGUACGGCGUUCUACCGGUUGGUGGACAGUUUCCAGCACGAUCAAGCCGUACUGCAGGAGAUAGCAAGCAUGGAGCUGCUGAAGAAUUGCCAGCAGCUGCUCGUCGUAACGCCCUCGGUGCUGAACAGUGGCACCUUUACGAACGUUGUGCGAAUGCUUAGUGUUAUGUGUGCCAACUGUCCAGAUUUGGCCAUAACGCUGCUAAAGAACGACAUCGCUUCGACGCUGCUGUAUCUGUUGACGGGAUCUGCCGAUCCGGUCACAUCGGACGUUGAGCUAGUUCCGCGCAGUCCUUCCGAGCUGUACGAAAUCACCUGCCUGAUCGGCGAACUGAUGCCACGUUUGCCAACGGAUGGAAUUUUUGCCGUCGAUGCAUUGCUCGAACGACCCCAACCAACCGUGCAGGAUGCAGUCCAGUGGCAGUGGCGUGAUGACCGUGGCGUAUGGCGCCCCUAUUCCUCCAUAGAUUCGCGUAUGAUCGAAGCGGCACACCUCAACUCGGACGACGAAAUAAGUCUCAGUACGCUGGGGCGCACGUACACGAUCGAUUUUCAUUCGAUGCAGCAGAUCAACGAGGACACCGGAACGACCCGAUCCGUGCAGCGGAAGAUAAACCAUCAACUGCUUGCUCAGCAGGGUGCGGCAGCAGCCGAAGCAGCAGCAGCAGCGGCGGCUGCUACAGCGGCUGUUAUCGUGAGUCCAGCUGCUGCGAGCAAAGCAGCAGCAGCAGCAUCAGUGGAUUGUGGCAAUGUCGAGAAUGCCGUUGCUGCAACAUCGCCAGCUGUCGCAGCGAUCGGUACGGGUUCUUUAAACCUAGCGACGCGGCCACCGAACGCACAGCGCGAUGCCAGGAUCGCUUGCCUGAAGGAAGAGCGUGGCCUGGCGGCUGAAUUUAUCCGCAACCUGUUCUCGGUGUUGUAUGAAGUGUACAGUUCGUCGGCUGGUCCGUCGGUACGCUACAAGUGUCUGCGAGCGUUGCUGCGGAUGGUGUAUUUCGCGAAUGGCGAUCUGUUGCGCGAUGUGUUGAAAAAUCAGCUCGUUUCAUCGCACAUUGCCGGCAUGAUGGCGUCGAACGAUAUGCGCAUCGUGGUCGGUGCAAUGCAAAUGGCGGACAUACUGAUGCACAAGCUGCCGGAAGUGUUUGGAAUGCAUUUCCGGCGCGAGGGUGUGAUGCAUCAGUUUAAACAGCUAACUGACCCAUCGAUACCGAUCUGUGCGGCACCAUCUCCGAAAUCCACCGGAGGAACACAGAGUGCGCCAGCAUCGGCUACAAUCCACCCGACGGGCCCUAGUGGACAGACAUUCGAUUUUGACAGCAGUGCCAUCGCGUCCAGUUCGAAAGCUGGAGGAGGAGGAGGAGGUCAAGUUGCAAUAGCGAUUAGUGGAAAUGCUGGUGGAUCACACGUGAAAAAUCUUUCAUCUGCAAUGAUGAUGGCGAGCAGUAAGAUGAGCAGCUCGUCGCACCACCAUCAUCACCAGCAUCUUCCGCAUCAUCAUCACCAGCAGCAACAGUCUUCGUCUUCGUCACCGUCUGCAGUAGCAGCUUCAGCAGGUACAAUAGCAAUGGCGAGCGGCAGCAAUAGUUACACGACAGCAUCUGGCUCUGGGUCGGCUAUUAACCUCAACAAAUCAUCUUCGAUGCGACAGCAAGCAGCAGCGGCACACCAUCAUCAUCACCAUCAUUUGAUGAACUUAAUGCCACACUCAGCCAUACAGGCUCAGGCCACCGGUCAGCAUAUGCCAGUGGCGGCGAAUUUGCAUCACCAUCUGCAGGAUGCUGGCACGAGUGGCACCACUGUGCAACCAGCUCCCGGCACGUCAAUCGUAACGGCCACGGUUACCACGACGGGCAAUGCAAACAUUUUACUGAAUGCCAUCUACAACUCUGCAGCCGCGGCUGCGAUGAAUCCGAUGAAUCACCACCAUCAGCCAUCCCAUGCUAUACCGCACCAUCAUCAGAGCCAUCAUCCCCAGCCACAGCAGCCGGUGACCGGUGCAACGGUAACCCACAUCUAUCAGCCACCGCAUCACUUCUCCGAUGCGUUCGUAGGCUACAGCGUUCCAACAAACGUACCCGACCAGACCAAUAUUGCGCUGCUAGCGGGUACAACCGUUCCUAGUGCCGCGGGGACAGCUGUGGUCGGUAACAGCGGUGCAGGAAUGAUGCAGGGAAUGAUCGUUUCCCCGAACAACAGUUCCACAGCACCAGCUUCAAAUGCGUUGGGACAUCACGCUUCGCACGAGAGCGCCAGUAGCAGCAACAAUCCUUCGGGUCAGCUGAAAAUGUCCGACAUUCUCAAGCGAAAGGUUCCACCGAAACGGAAAUCACAGGGAAGCUCAAAGUCUAAAUCACGCCACGAUGAUGCGCACACCUCGUCGGGUGGAGCAAGUUCUUCCUCGCAAGGCGCUUCGUCGCUGUCCAGCGGAAGUGGUGUCGCUGGUGGAUCAUCCUCCGGAGGCGUCUCAUCGGUGAUGCAAGAAUUCAUCAACAAGGCAACCACCAGCAUGGGAGCAAGUUCUUCGUCCUCCGGCCGUCAUACCCCUGCGUCCGGAUCGGGAUCUUCUCGCUCACGAUUUACCGGAGCUUCAUCGAAAACGACAUCCUUCCUAGCGUCGCUGAAUCCUGCUCGCUGGGGCAGGCAAUCGUCAUCCACUUCGGCAGCGUCCUCCUCUCACAAUGCUUCUUCGUCUGGGGCAGCAGGCUACGGCAAGGAUGGCAGCAGUGGUGGUAACUCGCUCAACAAGAGCCAUUCGAACUCGAACCUUAUUGCCGCCGGCAAUCGAGAAAAGGCUCGCCAAUGGAUCCGUGACCAAGCGGUUCUGUUCGUGAAUCGCUAUUCUGGUACGGAUGGUUCGAGCGGUCCGACUGAUGGUGCUGCUGCGGGUGGAUUAGGUGGUGCUGGAGGUGCUCUCGAGCAGCAUCCCGCCUGCACAAUCUUGAUCCGGCUUACCGAUGCAAUUCGCAAACUGGACGGCCGGAAGGAAGAAUGUUUGAAUGCACUGCAGGAGCUGCGGGACAUUUUGAUGGAAAGUGACAUAUCACCGUUCGAGGUAAAUCAUUCCGGGUUGAUUCGAGCGAUGCUGAACUACAUGGCGAACAAUGAGAAUCCGCUGGUUGAGCGUGCGAUCCGUUUGCGUAUGUUUUUGCACGUGUUUGCUGGACUGCCGGUGGAGGCGAACUAUUCGCACGUGGGAGCAGGCACACCGGCGGGUAUGGACGGUGCAGCGUUCAGUGCGCUGGUGGCCAAGCUGAACGGAUGCGUCACGCAGCUCGAACAGUUCCCGGUGAAGGUGCACGACUUCCCGGCCGGCGUUGGCGGUCGGUCCAACACAAGUGCUCUUAAAUUCUUCAACACACAUCAACUGAAGUGCAAUCUUCAACGCCAUCCAGAAUGUACAAAUUUGCGCCAAUGGAAAGGCGGUACUGUGAAAAUCGAUCCGCUCGCGUUGGUGCAGGCCAUCGAAAGAUAUUUAGUGGUGCGCGGGUACGGCGGUAUUCGCGUAGACAGUGAGGAAGAUUCGGAAGAGGACAUCGAUAACAUUGAUGCGGCGGCCAUUAUUUCGAUGGGUGGGCUCAAGCACAAGCUACAGUUUUUGAUCGGCGAACAUGUGCUGCCGUACAAUAUGACAGUGUACCAGGCCAUUCGUCAGUACUCGCCGUUGGUAAACGAUCAGUCCGAGACGGACACUGAUACGGAAACACCGAUAGGAAGCGCUAGUAUCUGGGUACAACAGCACACCAUCUACUACCGCCCCGUGGAGGAAGAAUCGAGCGGUUCGAGUAAGGGAGCGUCAGGAUCGUCGCGAAAGAAUAGUAAAAAUUCUUCGCAAUCGAAGCUUAUGCGUCGCAAGCCAGAAUUCUGGAUUGAUGGACAGGUGCCGGCCGUUGUGUCGCCGUUGGGACCGUUCCUGACUUCUAAACUGCCGGAUGUUGUAACGGUACAGGACGCUUCGCUCGAUGCACUCUGCAUGUUGCGUAUCAUCAAUGCACUCAAUCGGCAUUGGGCAACACUCUACUUUUCCGUACCGCACAUACCGAUUGUUCCGCAGGCUGAGUUUAUUCAUUCGAAGAUUGCAGCCAAGGCAAGUCGUCAGUUGCAAGAUCCACUGGUGAUCAUGACCGGAAACUUGCCUCAAUGGUUGCAACAGAUUGCGGUGGCAUGUCCGUUCCUGUUCCCAUUCGAGACGCGUCAUCUGCUGUUUUACGCCGUCUCCUUCGAUCGGGACCGGGCGCUACAGCGCCUGCUCGAUACGACCCCUGAUCUCAAUUCGGCUGACACGAGCGAACGCGUGACACCGCGUCUCGAUCGUCGAAAACGGGCCAUUUCCCGGGAAGACAUACUGAAGCAGGCGGAAUCGAUCAUUCAAGACUUUGGACACUCGAAGGCUCUGCUGGAAAUUCAGUACGAGAACGAGGUCGGCACGGGCCUUGGGCCAACGCUCGAGUUUUACGCGCUCGUCUCGACGGAACUGCAACGCUGUGAUUUAGGCUUAUGGAACGAUAGUGAUAGCUAUAAAAACAACAACCAACAGUCGACCUCGAUAGCGGACAACAUCGUCAAAUCGUCAAUGGGUGGUGGUGCUCUCGAGGAUGCCAGCCUGGACACGAACACGACAGCCACCACGAUGACGCUCGUCAGCAUGACGACGACCAACACCCGGUCAUCGCUCGGCUCGAACCGUGGCAGUGACGAGGCAGCCAACAACAGUGUCAGUGGUGUUAGCGACGACAACAGUAGCUUCAUCAUUAGCAACGAUAAUUCGCUAAACAUGCUGAUUGAGCAGCUGAACCCGCAACAGGCCGAGCUGGAGAACAAUUCGACACCACCGCCGGCAUUGCCACCGUCGUCGUUUGCCGAUGUGGAAGGUUUGAUGAUUACGCCGCUGUCGUCGGACAGUGCCGCCACCAUUACGGCCGGUGCCAUUUCGUAUGUGAAUGCUCCGCGAGGACUGUUCCCAAUACCGCUCAGCAAGACGGCAAAAACGUCACAGAUUUCACGCUUGAAGCACAAGUUUAAGUUUUUGGGCAAGUUUAUGGCCAAAGCGGUCAUGGACAGUCGAAUGCUUGAUUUGCCAUUCUCUAUACCAUUCUACCGUUGGAUGCUGAGCGAAGAAAGUUCUCUCGGCCUGUCGGAUUUGGGCCAGAUUGCGCCGGAAGUGCAGAGCACGCUGCUACGGCUGAACGAGAUCGUGAAGCAGCGCGACCAUAUUCAGGCCGAUCCGAACCUAAAUGCCAUGGAAAAGACUGAAAAGAUUGAAGCACUGGAUUUGGAUGGAUGUCCUAUUUCGGAUCUGGGUCUCGACUUUGUCCUGCCGGGUCAUCCAAACAUUGAGCUGCGACGCGGUGGCCGUGAUAUGGCGGUGACGAUCAACAAUCUGCAUCAGUACAUUUCGCUCGUCACGCAUUGGUUCAUGGCCGAAGGUGUGUCACGGCAGUUCGAGGCACUUCGCGAAGGAUUUGAUACGGUGUUCCCGAUGAGCCGACUGCAAAUGUUCUACCCGGAGGAGCUGGAAAACGUGUUCUGCGGUUCCGGCAUCGGUGGCACGAAUCAGCAACGGUGGGACGUGCGAAUGCUGUCGGAAAGCUGCCGGACCGAUCACGGUUUCAGCCAAGAUUCGCCAGCAAUUCAGUUCUUCUACGACAUUCUCGCUACGUACAAUCGGGACGAGCAGCGUCUGUUUUUGCAGUUUGUUACCGGCAGUCCUCGGUUGCCGACCGGUGGCUUCAAGUCCCUCACACCGCCACUAACGAUCGUUCGCAAAAAGAUGGAUGGCAAUCAAAAUCCGGACGAGUACCUGCCGUCGGUAAUGACGUGCGUCAACUAUCUGAAGUUGCCGGACUAUUCGAACCGUGAGGUGAUGCGCCAAAAACUUAAAAUUGCCGCCUGUGAAGGAAGCAUGAGCUUCCAUCUUUCGUAAAUAUGGUCGUUCUUUUUCGUGUGUGCGU